AUGUCCCAGCCCUAUGUCUGUAAGGUCUGCCUGAGCAAGCACAACAGCAGUGAGCUACAUACUGUUCUCUGCAUGCUUCAUCUCCCAGAACACAACCCUACCUGCAUUCCCAAAGGCCUGCGGCCAUCAGGGACCACCAGAGUGGGAGAAGUUCAUGGUUAUCUCACGUCUGGUGAGUCGGGUCAGCCUCAAGCUGGACACUAGCAUGCUGGUCUUUACUGGAGGCACCCCAAAAGAGGCCAGGUUCCAGGAGGAGUGAGCCGAAGAGCUGCUGGCCAGAGGCAGGGGUCCUGCAUCCAAAGGGUUAUCGAGCAAAUAACGGGUUCUAAAUAACACUUUUCCUGGUACACCUUCUCUUGUGGCUCAUCCGUCUCGGAAGUGGUGCCUGUCACGGCACUGGCCAUCCAAAGACACCUUUUAGAGGAACAGAACACAAUGCCCAAGCCUCCCCUUCACUCCUAUGAUGUGGCAAUAUCAGAUGGGGUGUACCAGGAGAAAUGCUAUUUAGACCCCACUUUAAACUUUCUCGUUUAUCAGAAUAUUUUAAAAGUUGGCAUAGAAAUGAGAAUUUCCAGAGUCUCAUGUCUUUACGAGAAGAAAAGAUUGGGCCAGGGAAUCCUGUGCGUAGGUAAGGUCUGCUGUGGGGAGACCCUAGACGCCGUUUCUGUAGAAACUCAAUUUAGAAACAGAGCACACAAGGCAGAGUCACAGAGGCCUCUAAGAGGCAGCAGGAGUCACUAUCUGGUUCUGUGGAAUAACGAAGAUCCAUAUGGAGAUAUCUGGAAGACCAACAAGCAACCUAAGGAAUUCAAUUUGAACAGUGUGAUGAUUGUAGAAAGGCAUCAAAUCAUCAUUUUCUCAAAGGAAGUUCAUAUUUCCUGUAUCAGAAGUAGUUUAUGGGUCAACUGUGCCUAUCUCAUUGUGAUUUGGACAGGUGGAGAAAGCUUAAGUGCUGGUGCCACAGGGAAGUCCAGGAAAAUAAUAAACUAUGGAUGGGAGAGUCAGCUGUGGGGAGAAAAAAAGUUUAGCUUGAAAGAGUACUUACAUUAUAGUCAUAUUUAUCCUGAAAGCAUUUCACAGACAUUUAUUUUGGAGCAUGAAACAUUUCUCAUCCAGCAGUAUAAUUCUCAACCUGCACAAUACAUACCCCCAGAAGGACCCUCACCCCCAAAAUUCGAUGAAUUUCUGAGUGCCUGAGGCAUUGGACAUUUUGAAGUAACCAUCCUGGGUUUGAACCAUGAGGUCACAAUGGAUCAUAAUGUUUCAUUUUUACCUAUGUAUUCUCCAGAAGAUGCCCAAACAUCUCAAAUUGACACGUUUUUGACCUGCAUCAAUUACCGUUGUGUGUGUCCACCAAAAUCUUCCACCAGUGGAAGACUGCCAGAUCCCAAGACAGUUGCAGGUGAUAUUGUAAAAGCAGCGGCUGAACUGACUAGAGUCCACAUCAUCUAUAUCUUGGAUAUCUGUAACUUGGGUAACAAUAAAGUGGAAGUUUGUUUGAAAAAAAAAAUUAUACUCCAGAAUAGGCUUCUUAAAGAAUAG